CCCAUCCAAUACUGUAAUAAACUGUAGUACAGCAUUAUAAACUCUGGUACGGUAUAAGGUUACUACACUAGAUUCUGGUAUCAGUUUACAACACUAACCCCGAUGCUAUACCUCCUACAAAAAGAAGGGAGGUCAUGAUUGUUGGGGACUCCAUACUGAGAAACACAGCAAGUUCAGUUCGCAGUUUGGACCCCCUUACUACAACAGUGUGCUGCCUUCCAGGAGCCUCAGUCAAGCACAUCACUGAUAAUGUGGACAGGCUCCUAGAACGAACAGGAGAUGACCCGGUAGUAGUCGUCCACAUUGGUACAAACAACAUUGGAAGAGACAGACCAAGAUCCCUGCAAAACAAAUUCAGAGAGCUAGGAAGGAAAUUAAAAGACAAGACCAAAACUGUGGUAUUUUCUGGGAUACUGCCGGCGCCUUGCAAAGGACCAUAUGGACAGCUGGAAAUACAAAAUCAAAAUGCAUGGGUGAAAUCGUGGUGCACACAGGAAGGCUUCACCUUUCUUGAACAUUGGAGCACUUUCUACAACAAGGACUAUCUAUACAGGUGGGACGGACUGCACUUAAACAGAAAGGGAACCAAUCUACUCGGAGAAAGGAUCCUUCAGGCGGUACAGAAGCAUUUAAACUAGAAAGGAAAGGGGGAGAAAACAAAAAAACAGAAGGGAGACUACAUCAAAACAAGGGCAACAACUCAGGGGCAGCGGCUGUGUAAAUGUUUCUGGAAACAUUCGUCACAACACUGUACUUGGACUCAUUACAAUGUCCUGCUUUGGUUAUGAGGAGGAACUAGCACCUGAGUGGGAGGAGCCCGUGCAUCCAGCGCCCAGACGGGGGGACCACGAGCGUCCAACGCCCAGACGGGGGGACCGCGGGAAUCCAAAGCCUGAGAGACAGCUGUUCCCACCUCCACCAGCAGAGCAAGAAUGCCUGCUGUUCCCACCUCCACCAGCAGAGGGAGAAUGCCUGCUGUCCCCAUCUCCACCAGCAGAGGAAGAAUGCCUGCUGGUUUCCCUAUCACAACCAGGAGAGGAAGAAUGCCUGCUGGUUUCCCCAUCACAACCAGCAGAGGACGAAUGCCUGCAGGUUACCCCAUCACAACCAGCAGAGGAAGAAUGCCUGCUGGUUUCCCCUUCCGAGGGAGAGCCACACCAGUCCCCUGCAAUAGGGGGAGCGCCGCAUCAGUCCCCUGCAAUAAGGGGAGCGCCGCACCAGUCCCCUGCAAUAGGGGGAGAGCCGCACCAGUCCCCUGCAAUAGGGGGAGACUACACGCUGCUCCCACCUUCGUCGCCAGGAGACUACACGCUGCUCCCACCUUCGUCGCCAGGAGACUACACGCUGCUCCCACCUUCACCGGCAGGAGCAGAGCAGCUGGGAGCUGCCUCUACCUCCGCCACUUCCACCAGCAGAGGGUCAAUGCCUGCUGGGUCCACUUCCACCAGCAGAGGGUCAAUGCCUGCUGGUAUCACUUCCCCGACCGCCAUCUUCACCCCCAAGAGGAGAGGAGCAGGAGUUACCUCUGCCUCCAUCACCACCAGGGGAAGAGGUGCAGAAGCUGCCUCUCCCUUCACAAACAGUAGCAGGACUUGCUGCUGGCAUUCCUCAGCAACCACUACAUAGUCUGCUGAGGGGAGCACAGCAGAAAACAGCCCGGCUGCAGCGGCUACGAAGAGGGCCAGCACCGCCGCAGCCACUGCUACAGUGGCCAACCACAGCACCACGACUGGUCCUGACUCCGGCACCGCCCAAGGAUGCCAGCCUCGCUUCGCCCAAGGAUGCCAGCCUCGCUUCGCCCAAGGAUGCCUGCCUUGCAUCGCCUGGGGCUGCCUGUUGCUCCGCAUCACAGCAGGAAGUACUGUGGCCGGAACCCCACCAAGGGGAGCUGCCGGCCACGAAGAAGGGGGAGGAGGUCUGGAGACCACCAACCCCAGCAGCAGUUUCGUUGCCGGAGAUCGUGGGGGAGGUCAGGAGACCUGCUCCCACUGCAGCACGUGCGCUGCAGGAAGUACUGUGGCCGGAGCCCCACAAAAGGGAGCUGCCGGCUACGAAAAAGAGGGGAGGUCAGGAGACCACCCCCCAAGCAGCCUUUCUGCUACCAGGACUACCCCGGCUGGAGGAGCCAGACUUGGGACUAUUAAUGUCUCUGCUGACAGCAUUUCCGCAGGAGUAUGCCACCCCGCUGUCAGCAUUGCUGCUGACAGCCUUACAACCUGUGGGCCCCUUGAAGCCUCUGGUUCUGGCCCAGGACUUUGUGCUGGACUUUUGGGCUUUUAAGGGGGGAGGUGGCCGUUGAGGCCAUGUGUGCUGCGCACAAGGGGGGGUAUAUGUGGCAAUGUGCUCCGCCCCUGUGUGCAUUUCUGUGUUGUAUGUCGCGUGUGGUGAGUUAAUAUUGGUGUAUAGGCAUUGGUACACGGGAUAUAAACGGGUCUGUGUUUCACGUGUGAUUUAAAAUGUAUAGUUGUAUUUAGGCACGGGAUUGCACAUCACUUCACGUGCAUUUAAAGUAUAUAAUAUGUGAGCACGAGGUUGCACAUAAUUAAUUCACGUGCUGGUUCAAGUGAAUAAUUAAUUAGUAAUUGAAUCCCAGCACAACAGUAUAUAUAGAUGCACGUUUUACUUACUCGGGGUUGGGUGUUCGGUGAGUAGUGAACGGGAGAGAGAGGAGGAGAAAUAAAGUUAAAGAUAAAUAUUUAUAACAAUUGCUAUCGCGUGCUGGUAGGACCAGCACAAUGCUUGUUUGUUUAUUUACUCACCGUGUUUGUGUGUCUGUCCGUCCACCGUUUGUUUAAGUGUUAGUCCGUUUUGUUUGUCUAUUUAUUUUGGAGCAAGUGCCGUGUCCUGUCUUCUGUUUGUUUAAACCUUUUAUUUAUAAUAAACCGCGCAACAGCACUUUCAUCAUUU